AUGAAUCUGUGGGUAGAGAUUCUCCAGAUAGUCCCCAAAACACCUCUCAGCUUGAGGACCAUGAGUAACCAGACACAGGUAACAGAGUUUAUUCUGCAGAGCUUCUCAGAGCACCCAGAAUACCGGGUGCUCUUAUUUGGCUGUUUCCUCUCCCUUUACUCUGUGGCCCUUACAGGUAAUGUCCUCAUCAUCUUGGCCAUCACCUUCAACCUGGGGCUCCACACCCCCAUGUAUUUUUUCCUGUUAAACUUGGCUACUAUGGACAUUAUCUGCACCUCCACCAUUAUGCCCAAAGCACUGGAGGGUCUGGAGUCUGAAGAGAGCUCAAUCUCCUAUGGAGGCUGCAUGACCCAGCUCUAUUUCCUCACAUGGUCUGCAUCCUCUGAGCUCCUCCUCCUCACGAUCAUGGCCUAUGACCGGUAUGCAGCCAUCUGCCACCCCUUGCACUACAGCACCAUGAUGAGCAAGGCAUUCUGCAGCAUCCUGGCUGCGGGUGUGUGGGGUCUCUGUGCCUUCAACACAGCCAUCCACACUGCGCUGAUGCUGCACUUGAAUUUCUGUGGCCCCAAUGUGAUUACUCAUUUCUUCUGUGAGAUUCCUCCUCUGCUACUUCUCUCCUGUAGCUCCACCUAUGUAAAUAGUGUCAUGAUUGUCCUGGCUGAUGCCUUUUAUGGCAUCUUGAACUUCCUGAUGACCAUUGUGUCAUAUGGCUUGAUCAUCUCCAGCAUUCUAAAGAUGAGGAGCAAGGAAGGGAAGAAAAAAGCUUUCUCCACCUGCUCUUCCCAUCUCAUUGUGGUGUGCAUGUACUACACUGAUGUCUUCUAUGCCUACAUAAGCCCAGUCUCCAGCUACAGUGCAAAGAAGAGUAAGUUGGCUGGCGUGCUCUACACUAUGCUGAGCCCUACCCUCAACCCCCUCAUCUACACUUUGAGAAACAAGGAGGUCAAAGCAGCCCUCAGGAAGAUUUUCCCCUUCUGCAGAAACUAGUUUGUGCCUUCCGAAGCUCUUCUCCUCAGAGACUGCAGGUGUAGUUGGGAUUGGCUCUUCUGUUAAGGGUCAGAUGAGUGAGUUUUUGGACUGGAAGGUAAGUAAACCUGGCUUUUCCAUCCUAG